GGCCCCCCUCCUCCCGCCUCCUCCCGCCUCCUCCCGCCUCCACCCGCCUCCACCCGCCUCCACCCCGGCUCUUCCUGCCCUGAAGUUGCAACACCCCACUCUCCCUUCCCCUCCCACCUCCUCUCUGCUUGACUUUUCUCGGAGUUCUCCGAACUCAGGCUGCAGUGCCGGCCUUCCGGGUUUGAGGUCCCUGGGACCCGGCUGUGAUCCGCGCCCCAGUCUCAACCCUCCACUGCCCUGCCCGACGCCCGGGCUCCACUCCGGACCCUGCUCAUCCUGGGGCUGUGUCGCUGCCACUGUCGCCUCUGUCCACCACUGCCUGAGCCCUGAUGGGGGAGUGAGAGGCCACAGCUGGCCGGACAUGGGCCUCCCCACCGUGCCUGGCCUGCUGCUGCCGCUGGUGCUCCGGGCUCUGUUGGUGGAUGUGUACCCCGCGGGGAUUCAUGGGCUGGUCCCUCACCCUGGGGACCGGGAGAAGAGAGAGAGUUCGUGUCCCCAAGGGAAAUAUAGCCACCCUCAAAAUAAUUCCAUUUGCUGCACAAAGUGCCACAAAGGCACCUACCUGUACAAUGAUUGUCCGGGCCCGGGGCUGGACACGGACUGCAGGGUAUGUGCCCGCGGCACCUUUACCGCUUCGGAGAACCACCUCAGACAAUGCCUGAGCUGCUCCAAGUGCCGGAAAGAAAUGUACCAGGUGGAGAUUGCUCCUUGUGCAGUGGACCAGGAUACCGUGUGUGGCUGUAGGAAGAACCAGUAUCGGAAGUAUUGGAGUGAAACUCUCUUCCAGUGUCUGAACUGCAGCCUCUGCCCCAACGGCACGGUGCACCACUCCUGCAAGGAGAGACAGGACACCAUCUGCAACUGCCACGUGGGGUUCUUUCUAAGAGAUGCUGAGUGCGUCUCCUGUGCUCACUGUAAGAACACGGAGUGCGAGAAGUUAUGUCCAGCUCUACCUGUAACUAGUAACAACUCUCAGGACCCAGGCACCACAGUACUGUUGCCCCUGGUGAUCAUCUUUGGUCUUGGCCUGGCAUCCUUCCUCCUCGUUGUUUUAGCAUGCCGAUACCAGCGGUGGAAGCCCAAGUUCUACUCCAUCAUUUGUGGGCAGUCGGCUCCUGUAAAGGAGGGGGAGCCAGAGCCCCUGGCCUCGGCCCCAAGCUUCAGUCCCAUCCCGAGCUUCAGUCCUGCCUCCAGUCCCACCUUCACCCCCUGUGACUCCCUGUGGUCCAACUUCAGAGUCACAUCACUCCCCAGAGAGAUGGCCCCGCCCCACCAAAGGGCUGGCCCCAUCCUCCCUGCGCCUCCAGCCUCCACCCCCGUCCCCACCCCUGUGCAGAAGUGGGAGGCCAGCGCCCACGGCGCCCCCAGCGCCCCCGCUCCGCUCGCAGAUGCCGACCCCGCGACACUGUACGCCGUGGUGGAUGGCGUGCCCCCGUUGCGCUGGAAGGAGUUCGUGCGGCGCCUGGGGCUGAGUGAUCACGAAAUCGAGCGGCUGGAGCUGCAGAACUCACGCUGCCUGCGCGAGGCGCAGUACAGCAUGCUGGCGGCCUGGCGGCGGCGCACCCCACGGCGCGAGGCCACGCUGGAGCUGCUGGGCCGCGUACUCCGCGACAUGGACCUGCUCGGCUGCCUGGAGGACAUCGAGGAAGCGCUGGGCGGCCCCGCCCCCAUCGCGCCCGAGCCCCGCCUUCCCCGAUGAGGCCACGCCCCGGCCCCUGCGGGCAGCCCUGAGACGGCUGCUUCCUGCCCCAGGCAGCCUGGAAGGACUUGCGAGAUGCCCUCUGGACCCCCGUUUUUCUGGAGGGGAAGGGUCUUGGCGGAGCAGGCAUGAUCUGGCAGCCACUUAACCUGGUGCUACUCCCUCAGUGUAUAUAGCCUUUCUCAGCUGCCUGAGCACUGCCAGCGGGUGAGCUGUGGGUAGUGUGUGUGUCAGAGUGUGUGUGUCUGUGUGAUGUGGAGUGUGUGUACUCGUGAGAGAGGCUGAGUGUGCCAGGAGCCCAGACGGUGGCUGCGGGGAUGAGGGGCGCCAUGCCUCAUUGCCCAUUUUGGACUUGGAGAACCCAGCAAGGCUGCUUGGGGGCCCCUGGUUGGUCCCUGAGCCUGUUUCACAGUAGAUAAGCAAUCUUUGUAUCCAUUAUGUACACUAAUAGAACCUUUGUCCCCCUGCCUGGACAAGCACACAGAGUAAGCUGAAGUGUCCCAAGGCAGGGGAGGCACAGAACGAAGGGCCCUCCCGCCGGAACUGUGGACUUUUGUAAAUACACUAAAAGCCCGGAAUUAAAGCUCCGCUCCUGGAGG